CAUUUGCGUCGAUUGCACACAAAUAAACUCGACAUGGCGAUAGUUGUGAAUCAGAAGUUGGUGUGGAGAUUUCCUCCUCGGUCUUUUAACUACUGGUGGUACACGGACGGCUGGUACGUGUGGGCCAAGGCGGAUAAGAUGCUGGCCCAGUACCAGCCCAAGAAGGUAUCGUUUGCAGACGAGUCUUGCUUAAACCAACACGAAGAGGAGCUGUAUGCGUUGCAAACAUCGCUGUCGCCGCCGCAGAGGUCAGUACAUCGCUACAGUGACCCAUACAGCCCGUCAGAGCGGCCGUCUGAGCCCUUCACCUGGCGAGACCAAGUCAAAGCCAGGCAGAAGACGCACGUGCGGUCCAGGAGGAAGAUAGCCUGCUCGUGGCUUGCCCGGGUUGCGCGGUUCUUUCUUAAGCCAUUUAGAAAAACACGCGCGGAGAGUCCCGACAGCGACCGCGGCCCGGAGGAGCAGGAGACCUGCGCAGCUUCACAGGCAACCCCGAGACCGGCGCGCAAGCACGUGCAGUGGCCGGACACCGACCGGUCCUGCUUUCACUACAGGCCAAAGUUUACAGGGAGCCUGCGCGAGCGUUUCCGCUGGAGGGAGAAUCGGAAGCUCAAUCAAGAGGAAAAUAUACACAUGAGGGCAGGGAUUUUCUUCCCCCGCGGCCCUGGGCUCAUCAGCCGGACUUUCACAAGCCUUAAGAUCAGUGUCCUGACCAGUCUUCACCUCUACCCUCCGCCCGCGUCGCGCAUGAAGAGCUGCCUGAAGACCCGCACAGAUGAAGCCUCCAGCAGCAGCGCGACCGCCGGGGCGAGGUUCAUCUCCACCCUUGAAGUGCAGCUCAACUGAGCAUGCCAAAAGGAUAAAGUUGCAGACAGUUCAACCAUGCCUUCUCACAAAAGCGAA